UGCCGGCCGCCGGCAGCGGCGGCGCCGGGGGAGCCGAGGCCGCGGGAGCGCAGACAGAAUGGCCCCAGUGAACCAGCCAAAGGACAAGAAGCGUGAGAGGGCAUGUCUGCAGUGGCCAGAAGAGGCAAAAUCAACUGGGAAGAGGAAACGGGACUGUGGAGAAAGAGGGAAUGAGAAACAAGAAAAGAAGUUGUUUGUGAAAAAAACAUCUAAACCCUCAGGGAAAAUUGGUUGCAAUGGAGGUGGAUUUGUGAUGAGAAACAAGAGAGUCCUUCCCUCUCAGCUGGAGCGGCGAUGCAGCAUUGUUCAUUAUGUCUACCAGAAAAUGCUGGGAGGCUCCAUUCAAGAACAGCUCAGGCAGAGAUUGGAGCUGGCUUUUCUGCAUUCUCUUUCCUCAUACUGCCUCUUUCGAAGAGCAAGUCCCUUUGACAGGAGAGUGACAUGUCUUGAGUGGCACCCAACGCAUCCCAGUACGCUAGCUGCCGGUUCCAAAGGUGGAGACAUCAUCCUUUGGGACUGUGAAGUACUUGGUAAAACCUGCUUCAUAAGGGGGAAAGGGCCAGGAGAUUCUCUCGGAGACAUGAAGUUCAGUCCUUUUGAGGCAGAGAAGCUUUAUGUGGCAUCAGGUGAUGGCACCCUCAGUCUGCAGGAUCUUGAGGGCAGAGCGGUGCAGGUGAUCUCUCGUGCCCUGGACUGUGGCCAUGAGCAUCAUAAUGUUUGUUGCUGGUACUGCAGUGUGGAUGUUUCUGCAAGAUGCCGUGUAGUGGUGACAGGUGAUAAUGUGGGCAACGUGGUCCUGCUCAGCACUUCUGGUGAAGAGAUCUGGAAGCUGAAAUUGCACAAGAAGAAAGUGACUCAUGUAGAGUUUAACUCCCAAUGUGAGUGGAUGUUUGCCACAGCAUCUGUGGAUCAGACAGUCAAAAUCUGGGACCUCAGAAACAUCAAAAACAAAACAAACUUUCUUCAUGUGCUUCCACAUGAGAAACCUGUCAAUGCAGCUUACUUCAGCCCAACACAUGGUGCCAAGCUUCUGAGCACAGACCAACACAAUGAAAUCAGGGUUUACUCAUCUUCAGACUGGACCAAGCCACAGCAUCUGAUUCCACAUCCACAUAGGCAGUUUCAGCAUCUCACACCUAUUAAGGCAACGUGGCAUCCUCGCUAUGACCUCAUUGUCGUAGGUCGCUACCCAGACCCCAAGUUCCCUGGGUACACGUUGAACGAGCUGCGAACUGUGGAUGUGUUUGAUGGCAACACCGGUGAGAUGGUUUGUCAGCUCUACGAUCCAAAUGCUUCUGGGAUCAUCUCGCUCAAUAAAUUUAACCCUAUGGGAGACACACUGGCUUCUGGCAUGGGCUUUAAUAUUCUGAUCUGGAACCAGGAGGAGAUGGCAGCCAAGAAGCAUGAACAUCUUUUGAAAGCCAUGACAGACACAGACAUGGAACCAUGAGAGAACAGGGGAUUGGAAGCUGGAGUUCAUCCAGACAUGGAGGGCAGAGGCAGGCAAACCCUGGCACAAGCAAACUCAAAAGCU